AGUUUUUAUUCCCUGUCGGACCUCAGCGCGUCGCGAUCCGCUUGGCCAGAAAUUUUCUCAUACAAAUUAUUGCCCAGGAGGAAUUGAGGAGAGGAAUUUGUGCGCGAAAUUAUUGGCAGCGUGUUGCACACACUUCUGAGGACUGGCAAUAUUGGCAUACACGGAGGAGGAGGAGGAGGAGAGCUGUGAAAAUGUUUCGACACAUUGUGAACUUCACAAACAAAUACAAAAUCCUCAGGGGCAUGAUAUCGUACGGCACCCUCUGGCCCUGCGGCUGCCUCAUCGAGCAGACGAUGAUCGAGAAAAAGACAUUCCGAACGUACGACUGGAUGAAGUGUCUCAGGUUCAGCCUUUUCGGCUUCUUCUUCAUGGGCCCCACAAUAUACGUGUGGAUCCGACUGGCCGGCGUUAUGUGGCCACGCACGGACAUUAAGUCAUCGCUGUGCAAGGCGAUCACCGAGCAGACCGCCUACGACCCGAUGGCCAUCAGCUCGUUUCUCUUCACCAUGACGCUGAUGGAGGGCAACUCGUAUGCCCAGGCCAGGCAGGAGGUUAGCGAUAAAUUCCUGGACGCCUAUAAGGUGGGCGUUAUUUAUUGGCCCUGCGUGCAGACGGUGAACUUUGCCUUUGUCCCGGCACGGAACCAGGUCGUGUUCACCUCGUUCUUCAGCAUGUGCUGGACCACGUUCCUGGCCUACGUCAAGUUCCUGCAGCUGCAUCCCGCCGUCGAUGUUGACCACCAUGCCCUGGACAUACACUUCCUGGAGAUGUGAGCAGACACCAACCAGCACAAGCCCAGCCGCAGUAGAACCAAAAACACAAUUAAGUCUCCCCGCUCUUCCCAGCGAUAAUGUAAACAGACACGCCCACCAAUAACACGCCCCCCCCCCACCCCCAUAGAAUAAGUUAAUGACAUGUCACUUCUCCUUUUUUUCCAUUUCUCUUUUUUUCUCUUACA